AUUACAGGUUGACGUUAGAUGAAAUUGCCGAAGAGUUGGAGGCCGGAGAUGACCCAGGCGAUAUUAUUUUAUUUCCUCCUGAUGAUGGUGUGUCGCAUGCUUCAAACUCCAGUAGAAAUACAAAAGAGACUUUCCAUCUCUGGAGACAAUUGUUUAGAUAAUCUGGAAGAAGAAGGGGUAGAAGUGGAAGUACCCGCACCGAAAAAAAAGAAAAAAGAAAAUACUAUAAAGAAAUGGUACAGCAGUGUCAGCAAUACUUCUUUUAUUACUUGCGGUAAAGGAGACUGUGAUGAAGAAGUUUCCUUGAACUCUCGGAUGGAGAUGUCUGCCGUCGAAUGUUUUGAAUUGCUCUAUAGCGACGACAUAGUAAAGUUCAUAACUGAUAUGAGCAAUUUGUAUGCUUUGCAGAGAAAUCGCACUCUAAAUGUGACUAGUGAUGAAAUUAGAGUUUACAUUGCAAUACUGCUUCUUACGGAAUAUUUAACGCCAAAGUACAUGCGAAUGUUCUGGGAAGUAAAAAGUGACACGCACAAUGAACUAGUGGCMUCUAGUAUAAGGCGAAAUAGAUUUUUUGAAAUUCAGCAGUACCUUCAUCUUUCAGAUAGUGCAUCCUUGCCACCCAACGACAAAUUCGCUAAAGUUCGACAAUAUAUCACGAAACUAAACGUAAAUUUUACUGCCAAUUUCGAAAAAACUGGUUCUUCACACUUUUUCCAUAGACGAAACUAUAGUACCAUACUUUGAAAGGCACGGUAUCAAGCAACAUA